AUGUCUCUCUGUGAAGAGUUUGGAAUGAUUUAAUAAAUAUAUUAAGGCAGAGCAAACGUUAUGACAAAAAUUAUGACUCAGACAUUCUUAUUUAUAUACCAAAAUGGAAAUAGCAAGAUUGGAGAUUAUUUUUAGAUUAUAUUCUCUAUAAAAAAACUACUUGCAUUAACUAACUUCGAUGUCACUGAAUAUUUAAGAAACUAAUAUUGAAUAGCCACAACCACAGAUGAAUAGCUCCAAUACAGAAAAAAAAAUAAAAGCCUUGACUUUUCGUAUUCAUCGAUAGCCCUAGUCUUUCUCUUUCUUUCUGAAGGUCUUUAUUUAUUAGGAAGCCAACGUGCAUACAAAUAUCUUAAUCUACGGAAACAUUUAAAAGUUCUUUCAUAAUGAUAAAAUUCCUUCACUUAUAGGCUAACUCGACACGCGUAAUAGGUAUAACAUUUUUUGUUUACAACUUAAAGCUAAAGAUAAUUUGAAAAAUAUAACAUAAAUAAAGCCACAAGCAAAAGGCUGAAAAAAUAAUAAGUUUAUAAUAAAGAAGGAAAACAAAAGAAAAAAGAAACAAUAACUACGAACAAGACUUACCAUCUUGCAGUAGUUUUAUAAUUUUUUUAACUUUUUUUGUGAAAUAUUGGGCAGAAUGCCGAAAAAUAUCUAUGCCAGCUCUUUUAAACAAAUUGUUGUAAGUGACAACUAUUGUACACAAGGCCACCACCAUCUAGAUUGCUGCCUAGAUUAGAUCUGGCGAAUCUAGGCCUGAACGUUAAUUUGUUAAUAAUAUUAUGUCACCUACCAUUACGCUUUGGUACCACCAAUCGAACCAUAAUCAACAGAUUUGGGCAAUCGAUCCCUCCAUCUAUAAUAUUUUUCAGGAAAGAGAGAUCAAUAAAGUCCCUGCGAUCAGACAGUGACGAAGCUUUGUAAAAUGUUUUUUGUAGCAUAUUAGCAAGUUCAUUAGCGUAUUGAACAGAAUUAUCGGACUAUCUAAUAUACGUUCACAAAAAUCGUCAGCUUUUUGCUAAUGUGAUUUUUCAUUAUUAUAACACUAGAAAUAAGGGAUUUCUUGUAUCUAAUUCUAGUAGGCUUCAUAAGAUACAUAAUAGCUUUAAGGGUCAGUGUAUUAACUUCUAUAAUAAAGUCCCAGCCACUGUUCAGGCAUUAUCUAUAAAUAAAUUUAAAUGUUUUAUUAAAAUAUGGCUCUGUCGUAGGUCCUUCACAGCUGAAUAUCUAAGUCAUCGGACCGCCUGGGACUAGAUUGUGAUUAUUUUAUAGCAAUAGCAAUGACAGUACAAUAUUGUAUAUUUUUAUUAAAAAGAGCGCAAAAAAAGAAUGCUGGGAAAGUUUCUUGCGCCGCUUCUUCUCUCUCAGAGCGCCAUUUGUUUCCGAAGCCAUAGUAGUAUCUAGUAUUUUAGAAAUGACAUCAAAAAGAAUACUAAAGGAAUUAAUUUUGAGAAAAAUAAAUGCCUUUUUAUCAGCACACCCUAGAUGUGUAAUUUAUUCUCCACGCGGUACCCGAACAGAGGUUGUGGCGACAAGUGCAGCUUUCAAGAGAAAGUUCCCAUUUUCACCCGUUUAACCAGUAUGAGAUGGUUGUGUUAUCAUAGCGACAGACUGAUGCUUGCAGCCAUAAUGUUAACCUUGUUUAAAUUUACAUUCAUGUUAUGAAUCAUCCGAAUGCUUCGAACAUUAGUUCAUAGUUGACAUAAGUCACAUUAGGGCUUCCAAUUGUAUUGCGGGAUCUCGGAAUAUCGAGUCAUUUUCACCGCAUCAUUUUCAAGCCACGCGUAAUGAGGUAUUACGAGUGCGGGAUCCCGCGGGAUUUGCAGGAUUACAGAGAAGCAGAGGAAGUAGUAAGGCGGAUGAAACACUGGACGUGUUAUGUUUUCUAAGAAAAACAUUUUUUAUACUUAUUUUCAAGAAUAAAGGUAUUUGUUACUUAAGUAAUUAUUUUAUAUUUACGUUCGAAUACGUACUUAAUCAUUACAGGGGUAGACAGAGACCACAUCUCUCACCUAAAAAUGCCUUAGAUUAGAUUAUAUUGGUUAGUGCGGGAUUCCACGAAUUCCGAGAUCCCGCAGAUUUACCAGUGGGAGGACCUUUCCACCGGAUGCCGGCUAGAUUAUGGGUACCAAAACGGAGCCUAUCUCUGUCUUGAAGCAGUAAUGUGUAAGGAUUUCUGUGUUUAGGUCUAAAGGGCCUAUCUAGUGAAAUUACUGGGCAAAUGAGACUUGACGAGCGCAGUUGUAGUUGCGCUCAGAAUUUUUGGGUUUUUCAAUAAUCUUGAACGGCACUGCAUUUUAAUGGGGCAUAGCGUAUCAAUUACUAUCAGCUGAACUUCCUGUUCAUAUCGUCCUUUAUUUUCAAAAAAAAAAUCGCCUAUUUUACCAAUACCGAGAUUGGAGAUAGACAGCGGUAAUGGUAGCCCUAAGCCACAUGCAUUAGACGAGUUAUUAUUCCGGUUGACGGAUUAUUAUUGACGUUAUCACCUUACAUAGGUGAUAACGUUUCUACAUAAAAUAAAUAAUAUAAUUAGUUAUUUAUCUACUUUGCGUAUCAACACAUACUUAUCACCAUUCACAACAACAGCGUUCAUUAUUCAACAUAGUUACAUAAUAAACACACGUUAACAUGGCUAAGAGCUUGCGUGCUGUAAAAAGGACUUUAUGUGUAUUAAACGAGAGUACAAAGUUCUCUGCAUUGUGUGUACGUAAAUUUGGUGUUUGGACGAAAGAUGGAACAGUCAAGUCGCCGUACAAAGAUAUUGAAAUACCCAACUGUACUCUAUAUGACUACGUGUGGCAGAAUCUGGAGAAAUGGCCGGAGAGAACUGUGUCCGUGUGUGCAACCACAGGUCGUGGUUACACAUAUGAGCAAGCCUUUAAACUGUCAAAUGCAUUUGCCGCGAAUCUGCGAAGGAAGUUCAAAAUUAGGGACGGUGAGGCAGUUGCUGUUAUGUUGCCAAAUGUACCGGACUACCCUCUCGUUGCGAUGGGGAUUUUAGAAGCUGGUGCUGUUAUAACCACAUUCAAUCCGAUAUAUACAGCACAUGAAGUCCAAAGACAGUUGGUAAUGUCUGCAGCAAAACUGAUCAUAACAUUACCGGAAAUUGUCGGAACUAUAAAAGCAGCUUUACAAUUAGCCAAAGUCAAUAUUCCAAUUAUAGUUAUAAAAACGAAUGGUGAUUCUAUACCCGAGGGUACAAUUGCAUUUAAUGAACUCAGUGAAGAUGCGAACGUUGACAAAUCUUGUCUUAAAGAAGUAAGACGAACUGGGAAAGAUGUCUGCUUCCUUCCCUAUUCAAGUGGAACUACUGGUUUGCCUAAAGGCGUGGAAUUGACACACCGGAAUAUUAUUGCAAAUUGCGAACAGAUCAAUGAGCCUCUUAUUAAAUGUCACACAGAAACAACCGCGACACAUCAAGACUGUGUAAUGGCGGUUCUGCCCUUCUUCCAUAUUUACGCAGCAUCAGUUAUAAUGUUUCAUAAGAUGUCCCACGGGAUUAAGUUGGUGACACUAGCAAAGUUACAACCUGAUCUCUACAUGCAGGCGCUGGAGAAAUACAAAACAAACGUCUUGUUCGUGGCUCCACCUCUAGUUCUACUGAUGGCAAAUCACCCAGCAGCUUCCCCGAAGACAUAUCAGCACUUGGAAGUUGUGAUAAAUGGCGCUGCGUCAACGUCUUCGUCUGAUGCUGAUCGGUUUCUUGACAAAGUCCAGCGUAAAAUACGUUUUGGACAAGGCUACGGGCUGACUGAGACGUCUCCAGUAGUCUGCAUGGUGCCGAAAGGAUUUGAAGAUUACGAAGCCGUUGGCCAUGCAAUACCAAGCACUGAAGUGAAGCUAGUCGAUAGUGAACUAAAAACUGUCGGACCCAAUAAGACAGGAGAAAUUCUGGUUCGAGGGCCACAAGUGAUGAAAGGAUAUAAAGAUAAUGAUGAAGCUAAUGCCAAUGCAUUUGCUGAUGGUUGGUUUAGAACUGGAGAUCUGGCCGCCUGCGAUGAGAAUGGAGUAUUUAAAAUAAAAGACCGUGUAAAGGAACUGAUAAAGGUAAAAGGCUUCCAAGUACCACCCGCUGAAUUAGAAGCCGUGCUACGUGAUCAUCCAAGUGUUCAAGAUGCAGCAGUUGUUGGAGUGUCACACCCUACAAAAGGAGAAGCGCCUAAAGCAUUUAUUGUUCUUAAAAAAGAUGUUACUCUUGAUGUGAAGGACAUAAUUGAUUUUGUUAGCGAAAGAGUCGCUUCUUAUAAGCGUGUUGAUGACGUAAUGGUUUUAGAUAGUAUACCGAAAAGUGCUUCGGGAAAAAUUCUCAGAAGAACACUGAAAGAUAAAUAUUGCUGAACCCAAAAAUUACUGAAAUUCUAUCUCUAUUAACAAAUGAAUGAAGAAUGAAUUCUUUAGACAGCAACAAGGACUUUCUUUGAAAUUCUUACUUGUUGCGUAUUUCAAUUUAUUAGUAAUAAUUCUAUAGAUUGUGUGUCUGUCACAAUAGUCCUAUUGGCCUUUAAACUUACACUAGCUGACCCGUCAGACGCUGUUGUCAAUAGAAUAUAAAAAGAUGUAAGUAUUCGGGAAUAUCUAGAGCCGAAUGUGUAAUCAAAGUUAAUGAUCCAAAUGUUUUGAGAUUUCUUUAGUGUUAAUUCCGCCAAUAUUUGUCUUUUAAAUAAUUCGACACGUGUUUCGCCUCUACAGGACAUGUUGACUCGCCAAAAUCUGGCAGGAGACUGAAUAAAUU